CAGAGGUGGAGGAAGCCGGAAGUGGAUAGGGCCCGGGUCGGUCCGGGCGUUGCGGGUUUAGGGCCUGGGAUCGCUCUGCCCCAGGCAGCUGCGGAGCCCGUGACGGAACGGAGCGGCGCCAUACCGGCCCUGAGGCCUGCUGACCGGUGAGGAACAGGGGUCGGUGUGGGGGAGGGUCCUUUCUAGUUACAGAUCGCACCCCAGAACACUGUUCCCAGUCCCGAAUUCCCGAUCCCCGCGGCCCAGUCUGGUCCUGGACCCCUCCGCACUCUCUCGCAGAGACUCUGGAGCCGGGUGUCUCUCGCAUCGGCAGGCUCAGCGCGCCCUGCGGAGGUCCGCGGCGACCAGCAGCGACCUCGGAGCGACGGCGGGCGGCCCCGGGCAUGUACGCCCCCGGAGGCGCAGGGCUGCCCGGCGGGCGCCGGCGGAGGAGCCCGGGAGGCAGCGCUCUGCCCAAGCAGCCAGAGCGUAGCCUGGCCUCGGCUCUGCCGGGUGCCCUGUCCAUCACGGCGCUGUGCACUGCCCUCGCGGAGCCUGCCUGGCUGCACAUCCACGGUGGCACCUGUUCCCGCCAGGAGUUGGGGGUCUCCGACGUGCUGGGCUACGUGCACCCGGACCUGCUGAAAGAUUUCUGCAUGAAUCCCCAGACAGUACUGCUCCUGCGGGUCAUUGCUGCCUUCUGCUUCCUGGGCAUCCUGUGUAGUCUCUCUGCGUUCCUCCUAGAUGUCUUUGGGCCUAAGCAUCCAGCUCUGAAGAUCACCCGUCGCUAUGCCUUUGCCCACAUCCUUACCGUCCUGCAGUGUGCCACCGUCAUCGGCUUUUCCUACUGGGCUUCUGAACUCAUCCUGGCCCAGCAGCAGCAACAUAAGAAGUACCAUGGUUCCCAGGUCUAUGUCACCUUCGCUGUUAGUUUCUACCUGGUGGCAGGAGCUGGUGGAGCCUCAAUCCUGGCCACAGCAGCCAACCUCCUGCGCCACUACCCCACGGAGGAGGAGGAGCAGGCCCUGGAGCUGCUCUCCGAGAUGGAGGAGAACGAGCCCUACCCAGCGGAGUAUGAGGUCAUCAACCAAUUCCAGCCGCCCCCGGCCUACACACCCUAAUGGCAGCCCAGGGCUUUCUUCUGCAGCAGCCCCUCCCCACUCUGCAGCGCCUCUCACACCCAGAGGAGCUCCUCUCCCCAGCAGGCCUCACUGGUAGGAUCCUGACCAUUUCACCAAACCUUCCCAGGAGAGACUCUGCCUUUAGGGUUGUUCAUGUAUCCCUGCUCUCGAAACCUGGGAUUCACUGAUUUUAUAUAAUGCACUGUUUCCCCCUCUUGUCACCUUCCUGUCCCUUUGCGGUCACUAGUCAUUACCAACCAGGGAUGGCCAUACAAAUUUUCUCCCUUCAUGGACCAUAGCUUUGAGACUGGGACUUUCCCUGGGGAGCUGCUGACGAUGGGCAUUCCCAGGUAGAAGUGUCAGCAGGUCCAAAGGGAAAGGGGACUGGACCCUGUAGGCUCACUUCAUAACAGUCAGUGUUGUCCCACUGCUCUAGCCCUGGACUGAUCCCCACCCCCCCAUUCCUACUUGGAGUGCCGCAGCUCCGGGCCGCCCGCUCCAUGGAAUUCUCUGCACUUUAGUCUUUGGACUUCCCAUCAUGUGUGUUCUGGUUUUACGGGAAGAAGGAAUUGCUGUCGGGAAGCAGAGCGGUGCUCUCCCCGCCCUGCCCUUGCUUGGGUGGCUGGAGCCCAGGCAGGGAGAGUAGCAGCUGGUAUGGGCCUGAGGCGCCCUGGUGCCCAUAAAGGAUCAGAUGGAGGCGGGGAGCAAGUCUCCCUAGCCCCUUCACCUCUUAAAAUGUGAGUGGUUUUAAAAGGAAAAAGCAAAACCAACCAACAGCAACAAUACUCUUUUUAAACUAGUGACAAGACUGUUGUCAUUUUUUCAGACAUGUAGCCCAUUCCUUUUGGCUCAGCAGUGUUUUGGGCCACAGCUCCCCCCACCCCAGGCAGCUCCUCCCCAAAUCUCUCCCAGCAGAAUGCAGCCUCUUCCCUUGCUCCCUCCCCAACAGGGACCCGGCUCCCUGGGCCCUUCCUGUGGAACCCAGAGCCCUGUCGGUUGGCCCCGAGGGGCCGAGGACGGUGGCCUGGCUGGCUGGCCAGCGUGGUGCUCCUCAGGACGGUGGCACUGAGAUGUAACCUGGCCUCCGUGCAGGAACAGGAACCACAGCAGGGCAGGAAACCCGCCACUCUCCACACAGGAACUGCAACCAGUGGGGUCCCAUUGUGUGAGAUGUCAGAACCACCCUGUCAGACCAGCAGACCUGGCUGUGUCCCUCAGGCUCAGUGUGUCCCCUAGACUGUGACUUGGGGCAACAUCUUGCUGCAUGCCCCUCUUCUCUCCUCCAGUGUACUCUGGUCUUGCAGUGCGCUACUGGCUCUUCCUCGCCCAGCCAUCACUCUGACCACCCCAUUUGCCACACAUGGCUCUGGGUCUGGCUGAAUACUCAGCCCUGAGAUCUGGGGCACAAAGUGGGAGAAACUUGAGAGACCUUCAGUGUGGAUCCAGAUGGCCAAGCUUCUUUGGAAUCAGCGUCCAAUGCUGAGCUGAAAAGCAGAUUGGAUCCCAGUUUCCUUUCACAGGCCAAAAUAGGCAGAGCAAGAUUGGAGAAUGGGUACCACUGUUGAAUUGUGGCUAGAAGGGGACUGUGUUGUCCCUCGUCCUUCUUCAGCUAGUCUGCCUGGGGAUGUCUGGACAGAUGCCUGUGUGGGAGGUGAAGACCAUGUCUGUGCAUGAGUGAGCGGCUGCCUGGAGUUCACUGUGAUGCCAAAGUGUGUCCCAGGGUGACUCUCACACUCUUCCAGACUCUUCUCUUAGGCAAGAAAGACUGCAGUAUGAUACCUGAGCACAAAGCCAAGGAGCUAAAUUAAGUCUUAUGUCUGAGUUUGCCUUUGGCAGAUCUCCAGGCUGUGGCCAGCUCUCUCUGACCGUGGGUAUCUAAGCAGACAGACCAAGAGAGCGGGCACCAAACACGCAUGCCAAAGUGACCAGUCAUCUCAUGAGGACCCAGACGUUCCACGUGAUUCAGAACCCACUUUUUAUUAGCUCCCCAUACCUCUGGCCUUUCUCUUUUUCCCUGCCAUCCUGACACUGAUAGUUUGUCAUAUAAACUCCCCUGGUUGUUUUUUUUUUUCUAGAAAAAAAAAAAGCAAAACAAAACAAAAAAACAAAUUACAAAUAAGAAUGUAAAUGCCAA